GCGGAGGGCAGGUAUAAACCGUGUCCCCGCUGUCCCCGGGCACGGCUAUGCGGCCCGCGGCGGGCGACAACGGCCGAGCCGGCGAGCGGGGACCGGCCGGGCCGUUUCCCCCGGGGGUCCCGCAGCGUUUGGGCAGCGCGGAGCCGCCGGGACCGAUGCUCCCCGGGGCGUGGGCGGGGCCGGGCGGGGCCCCCGGGGCGGGUGGGGCGGGACUGGGCCGGGGGCUGCGGCUCCCGGCGCCUCCGCCCGCCGCAGCGGGGGUUUCCUGCCGCCUCGGCAGCGCCAUGGAGAGGCUCCGGCUCUGGUCCUCGCGGCUCCCGCGGCUCCUGGCCGCCGCAGUGAUCGUGGUGUGCUGUGCACAGCUCUGCCUGGGGCUCAGCAGCGGGACGGGCUCCACACUGGACACCGCUGUCCCUUGCGCCCACCUGGGGACCGCGAUGAGGGAGCACUGCUCGACAGAUCCGGAGGGAGGAGCUGGCACAGCGCGGGCGCCGAUGCCGGAGGCCAUGAGGCAGAUGCAGACGGAGGCUGAGCUGCUGCCCUUCCCUGGGACCCCUGUCAGGACUGUUGAGCCCCCCAGCCCCUGGGGGAGUCCCAGAGGCUCCUGGGCAGGCGAGGAGGGGACGGGGCCUGUGGUGCAGGAUGGAGCAGCCACCGAGCGCCCGGUGGCCCUGCUCUCCGCGGGCACCACUGAGCAGGCAGCUGCAGGCAGCAAGAGGCCACCGAGUGCCAGCCUGGGGGUGACCAGUGUGGGGACCCCAGCACCCACGAGGGCAGACACAGCCUCUGCCGCCGGAUCCACCGCCAGGACUGACCCUGUAGGAAAUGUGAUGGCGGGAAGUGCCACAACUGCACAGGGGACGCAUUUGCAUUCACCACCCACCACAACGGUGCCCAGCUCUGCCGGGGGGCAGUGGGGGUCCUCCACAGGGCUUGUGCAGAGACAGGGCAGCUCACGCGGCUCAUUGUCCCCAGAGCCACGGGCCAGGGAGGGUCUGGGUGCCACUGUUUCACUGUCAGGCAGCAGCCCAGGGACCCGCUUGAGCAUCACACCGGCUACAGCCAGCACUGUGCAGGGGACAAUCGGGACAUCGCCCUUUGUGGGGGGGUUGCAGAGGCUGCUGAGCCCCAUGGGGACACUGAGGGCAACGCAGCAGGGACUGCCAGGGACAGUGGGAGGACGGGGCUCUGACUCUCGCCCAUGGCAUGGGACAGAUGUUGCCUGGCAGGGUCCCCGCUUUGUCCCUCACCCCUCUGUGCCAUCCCUGGGGGCUGGUGGCCAUGGAGACACUGUGGCCAGCACAGCCCAGCCAGCUGUGGGGACGGGCCCAGCCCCGCUGCCGGCUGCAGGAGAGGAGUCACGUCUGCCCGUCCCCAGUGCCAUGGCUGCCACCCCAGGAGUGACAUCCCCCAGCCUGGGGCUGUCUGGGGCACCCAACACAGAGGGACCCCCUGACCCCCAUGUCCGCGGGGACCAGACCUUGCAGCUGCCAGCCGUGCCAGGGCAGCCCGGCACCGUGGUGGCCCUGGGCAGCACCGCAGUGGCACAGACCGCAGUGCCCCGUGCCAGCCCAGGGUCCCCACAUGUCUCCUCCUCCCCACAGCCUGUUCCAGACAGUGGCUCUGCAGCACCCACGUCAUCCACCCUGAAGACCGACUGGGGUGUCCCAGGGCUCGGCCCCACUGUGGGCACCCCCCUGGCAGGGCCAUCCAUGGGGCACCGGCUGCCCCACACCGGCUCGGGGGGGGAUCCUGCUGAGCCCCCCCAAGUCAUGGGAGGGACCCCAGUGGGAGUGAGUGAUGCUGAGCCCUGGACAGCAACUGCCCUGCUGAGCCAGCAGCUGGGCAGCCUGGCCCCCCCAGCAGCCCCCAGACCCCCCCAGCAGCCACCUCCAUCCCAGUCUGUGGCUCCCUUGGGGCUGACCACUGCUAUGGGCAUCGCUGUCACUGCUGUCACCGCCACCAUGGCUGCCACCAGCCCAGCACUGCGCAGGGACGUGGGGACGGUCAUGCCGGAGCCUGGAGCCGCUGUACUGCAGGGGGAUGUGGCAGGGCUGACACGGGGGCCCACAGCUCACCUGCCCACCAUGGCGCCAGAGUCCCCCCAGCCACCCACAGAGCCCCCUGGGACCCUGGGCCAUCGUGGGGGCCCUGGGUCCCCCCCAGCUACUAGGGACACAGAUCUGGUCCAACCAUCCAGCAGCCCCGGAGGGCAACCGGACACUGGCACCCCCCAAGUGACGCCAGCCCCGGCCGGGGCAGGCAGGGCCCCCCGGGUGUUCAUUGUGGAGGAUCAGCCGCCCCUCCUGAGAGCCUCUGUCCUCCGCAUCCCCUGCGAGCUGGUGCUGGACAUGGGGUUUGUCCCUGCGCUGCAGGACCUUGGGUCCCCUGAGCGCCGGGCUCUGCUGCGCAGCUUCAACCACACGGUCUCGCCCCUCUUCACAUCGGUGCCUGGGUUCCUGUGGCUGGAGGUGACGAGGAUCAGGGAGGGCAGCGUGGUGCUGGAGUAUGACGCGCUGUUCGCGGCAGAGCAGGUGCCGGUGCUGGGGCUGUUCGCACUCCUCAAUGCUGCGCUGGGCUCUGGUCCUGCCCGGCGGGGGCUGUCAGUGGGUGAUGCCCCCGUCCUGCACAACGCAGCUCUGGGGGCUAGGGGGUGGCACAGCCAAAGCCGUGUCUCUGCAGAAUGGCCGCUGGACCCCUGCGCUGAGCUCUUCACCUGCCAGGCCGGCUUCACCUGUGCGGCCGGGGCAGCCGGGAACGCCACCUGCACCUCCCUCUGCCAUCACAACUACUGCAAGAACCACGGCAUCUGCACCCACCCCCCGGACCGCGGGCCCCUCUGCCAGUGUCCUGUCGGCAGCGAUUUCUGGUUCAUGGGGCUGCACUGUGACUACCGGGUGACGCAGCAGAGCCUGCUGGGCAUGGCCGCCGGGGUCCUGCUCAGUAUCGUCCUCCUGGGUGCCGUCCUCGCCGCUGUCGCCAUCCGCCGCUUCAAGGUGCUGCUGCUGGAGGCCAGGGCGGACCAGACGCGCAGCAGCUACCGGCGGUUCUGCCGGCUGGACGACGUCUCAGCCCAGUACUGGUCGCGCUCGGGGCCGCCCUCGGCCACCUCUCUGGACAACCCGGCGUUCAGCACCUCGGAGGAGCUGCUGCACCUGCACAUCUGGGGCAGCAGCUGCAGCUGCCGGGAGGACUCAGGCGUCACCCACGGCCCCAAGCAGCAUCUGGCACUGUCCGCCCGCCCCGACUGCCGGUCCAGUCUCCAUUACGCCUGGGACACAAGUUCCGGCAGCGUGAACGACCCCAUGGUGGACUCGGGCAAAGCCAGCGAUAUCUCGGUGUCGAGCUGGCCCAUGGAGCCCGCCCCAUGGACGCCCUUCCCGCUCCUCCACCAGCUGUCCCGGCAGCCCCCGCACAAAGCCCGACGGCCCCACUCGUUCUGCGAGGGGAUGGAGCUGGGCAGCCUGGAGAGGAGCUGGACGGCCUGAGUCCCACGCGCCAAAACACAGGCAACAGGUUCAGCUCGUAAAACCAACCACAUUUUAUUUCCACGUAACAAGCUCAGUGAAGGGAUUUCAAACACUUGGACAAUACAAUCACGGCAGGUGGGAUGUCGGUUCCACGGGGCAGCGUCCCCGUGACGCUCGGCCCCGUUCGCAGCCUGCACAGCCAGCCAUGGCCGGGACAGCGGGUUCAGCGUACAUAGGUACAGAGAAGUGUCUGGUAACACACAAUGCUGGCAUCCAACGAGUUAAUGACUUACAUCGGCAACUGGAAAAUAAAGUCUUAAAAGAGUUUUGAAGUCACAUCAUACUAUGUACAUAUAUGGUCUGCCCUAUAGCCAUUUCAGAACAAGCUAAGCCACUGUGAAAAGUGAAAUACAAAUUAAGCGCUGCUGCAUUGUUCAUCAUGAUUAAUGUAAAUGAGGUAUAAAUUUAAACACCAGUACGUUUUAAGCAUUAAAGUUUAUUUUCCAAAAUGCUCUCCUUAUUUGCAAUGUCCUCUUGAGCAUCGAGCUGGGCACAAAUGGUGGGGGCGUUUGGAAAUGGGGCGUUGCAGUUUUACGGAGGAUGAGGGCAAGAGGAUCCCAAGGUGCUCGAAUAGAAAAGGAAAAGCAAGCUGCAGUUCUCUACACUUAGAUUCUCGUCUCAGAGUGGGUACGUUGAGGGAGAGUUUUGCUAGAAUAAAAUGCAGAUCUGUUCAUAAAAAAAUCAGUUCGCUAAAAGAAAAUCAAACUAUGGGAAUACAGAGCUAUCAUAUGUUUUGAUAUUUUCGUUGUAUAGAAAACAGCCUACAAAUAAAGUCACAAAAAAUAGACAGUUAUAUGCUGAGCAGCCAAAAACAUCAUGAUUUAUUAAUAUCUGGAGAAACUUCAUAAUUCAAACACAACCAAACUGUACAUUUUACAAUCACAUUCUAUUUGUAAACAGUUAAAAGCCACUGACUUCUUUUGCAUCUUCGGACACAAACGGUUAGAAUCAAGGCAAUGAAAUGAUGGCGAUUUCUGCACUGUUAAAAUUUUUUACCCUUGCCUAGUCUUUAAUUCAUGGACUAAACAAGCAUCAUGUAAUACCUUUUGUGGCAAAAAAAGAUGUAACUCGUUACUUUUGCGAGAAAGUAUUUGCGAGAACUUUUUAAACAUUUAAAACUUUUAUACAACAAACAAUUCUGUAAGCCCAAGACCUUGGUUACAGUAAUGCAUAGUUACUCAGUUCGGCUUUAAGGUACGACAGUUAAACGUUAACACAGUCACAAGAGCAGAAACGGAGCCACUCGAUGGGAUUACAAAAGAAUCGUAUAACUACAGAUUAUUAGCAAACCACCACCACUCACUAAUAAAAAGACAGCGUCAGAAAGCGGUAUGUCAAACUCCAGCUUGAAGCGUUUCUUUUUUGGCAGAGAAAAGUCUUACAGAGCAAUAAGUAUUAUCAGUGCUAAAAGUUGAGUUUUUUUCCUAUAAGAAACUACAAGGAGUUUUUACUGGGGAACUGGUUUUCCUGAGAGCCAUGCUCUUUGAUUUAGGAUACAGGAAUAGAAAACAAAAGGACAUGGCCAAACACUGUUCGUUAUUCCCAGAGAUAGAAAGCAUCUUUUUCAUUCUCCAUUUUU